GGGCGGGGGUAGUAACUAGCACACAGAUGGACGGAUGUACUGUGAUCUGGAAGAAAGUGUUGAGAAACACAGACAGAUUUUGUGGUUCAAAGACAGGUUUGACAAGUGUUUCCUGAUAUUUCUUUUUCUGCAACAACAUGGGUUUAAGUUCAACUGAAGACUCACACAGCUCUCCAGUUGUCAACAACCUGAGGAUUGUCCUGCUGGGGAAGACUGGAUCAGGAAAGAGCGCAACAGGGAACACCAUCCUGGGACGACAAGCUUUCACCUCAGAGAUUUCUCCGUCUUCUGUGACAGAGACAUGUGAGAAAGAAACUGGCCACUUUGAUAACAGAACUGUCAGUGCGGUCGACACCCCCGGUGUGUUUGACACAUCGAUAAAGGAUGGCCUGCUGAAAGGUGAAAUAGAGACAUGUAUCGUGCUGUCUGACCCAGGACCCCAUAUAUUCCUGCUGGUGAUCAGACUGGAUGUACAGUUCACAGAAGAGGAGAAGAAUGCAAUAAAGUGGAUCAAGAACAACUUCGGUGAGGAAGCCUCCAAAUAUACGCUGGUGCUUUUCACUAGGGGAGAUGAGCUCAAGGGGAAAUCCAUCCAGGAUUAUGUAGACCAAAGUUCUGAACUCAGGGAGUUCAUCGAUGACUGUACAGCUGGGUACCAUGUAUUUGACAACACAUGCAUGGAAAAUCGCACUCAGGUGGCUGAUCUGUUUGAACUGAUAGACGAGAUAGUGCAGUUAAAUGGUAACUAUUACACCAGAAGCAUGUACGAAGAGGCCCAGAGAAAGAAGAAUUCAAAGGAACUGUGGAGCAGGUUUGGAGGCUAUAUGAACACUGUGGGUAAUCAGUUGUUUGUGGCAGCAGUAGUCACAGCUGUAGUUAAUGCCCCUGUAGCUGGUGCUGCUGCUGCUGCAGCUACAUCCAUAAGACCAGUUUUAAUGGUCGCAGGUGCAGGAAUUUCUAAAGCCAUCAGUCGAUGGAUGAAACCGACAACAGACAGCUGAGUCAUGUCAAUCCACGAUCCUUUAGGCAAGCUUGUGAUGAGGAAGUACUAUCAAUCCCCAAGGGAAUUUUUUUUCUUCACACAUGGGCCUGUGUAUGCACAUAGAACCUAUACAUGCAUUAAAUGGAGAGAUGUCAAAGCAAGGGGCCUGUCCAUAUAUGGACGGGUGGUUUGGUGCCUUGCUCAGAAGCACCUUGCAGUUUCCAGCUACCAGUCCACACUCUAUAUAAUAUAAUGAAUAAUAAUGUAACAAGCUUUCAUACAUGAGUGUAAAUUCAGAACUGAAUGUUUUUUGUGAAAACUUUAUUGUAUUUCUUUAUGUCAUUCAUGUACAUUCAUAUAUAUUAAUCACAGCUUGCCAAAAUUAACCUUUUGUGAGAAAUCUUUAAAAUGCUGAUGCUGCACACUCUGGUCCUGAAUAUCGUUUUGUGUGGAGAACAAAACAAUUGUGUAAUUGUUCUGUUUGAUUUUUAAGAAUAAAAUGAAACAAUGUGACAACAACUUCAAAAAGAGUCUUGUGUUGUUGUGCCAAAAUUUUUAUCACAUGAAAUUCCAAGUUAGAGCUUGUAUGAUCUCCCUGUGUCAACAUGGGUUUUCUACUCCAGCUUCCUCCCACAGUCCAAAGACAUGCAGGUUAAUUGGUGACUCUAAAUUGUCCGUAGGUGUGAAUGUGAGUGUGAAUGGUUGUCUGUUUCUGUGUUAGCCCUGUGAUAGUCUGGCAACUUGUCCAAUGUCAGCUGGGAUAGGCUCCAGCCCAGCUUUUUGUCUGAACUCACAAAGGACUUUACUUUUUUUUGAGCAAUUGUAAUAGUUCAUAUAUCUAGCCUUUGCAUUUUGUUCACUUACUAAUUUGUACAAUGAUGGGGCGUCGGCGGCUUAGUGGAUAGAGCGCCCCAUGUGCAAAAGUUUCAUCCUUGCUGCAGUUGCCCAGGUUCGCUCCAGCCUGCUGCGUGGCACUCCCUCUCUCUCCCCCCCCUUCACACUCAACUGUCCUAUCAAUUAAAGGCAAAACAAAAAAUAAUCUAACAAAAAAACA